AUGGGCACAGGAGGUUCACGAUCUUCCUUGCACCCCGAUACACCGUGGAUGCCCUAUGAAGAGGUUAAUUCUGAUGGAUUCGACGGUCUCCUACGGGGUCAGCGUGUUAUGAGUGUCCUGCAACAGCUCGCCGGGGAAGAAAUGCUCCUCUUCAAAGAGAAAAUCAAUUACAAGCUGGCCGGAAGUGGCGGAUUUGACCCUCAUAUCGAUGCCAAUGCUUACACCCACGUCAAGGACAUCAAUCAUUUGACAAUCCUGACUGCCGUCGACGGAAUGAACUCAGCCAAUGGAGGUCUGGAGGUAGUUGAUGGAAGUCAUCGUAUGGACAUCCCUCUCGGUAGUGACCGGUGCAUCGAACCCACCUGGGUGAAAAUGAACACCUGGACACCGGCCGAGCUUGAGUCUGGCGAUAUUUUGAUCUUUGGCUCAUACCUGGCGCAUAGAAGCGGUGCGAAUACUAGCCCCAAGAACCGCCGAGCGAUUUACGCAACGUACAACUGCGCCACCGAGGGAAGUCUGCAUGAUCAGUACUAUUUAGACCGUCAGAAGCUUUGGCCGGCAACUCACAUGCGAAAAGAGGGAGAUCCUACGAAGAAGGCCGGGUUCGCUAUGCUUUCGGUUCUCUCAUGUUGA